AUGCCAUUCGUCUUCGAGACGGAAGACGUUUGUGAAAGACGAACGAAGAGACGCAAGAUUACACCAUACCUGAACAUGGCGAGGGAUUCGGCUCAGGCAUAUUACGAUAUUGAGGUGUCUCCCAAGAGCCAGGCAAAUGGAGCACAAGACAAUUCUCGCUUUGUAAAGCAGAGAAUUGAGGAGAGAGCACCUGUACCUGUUACAACUAGUGAUCGAGAAGAGUUGAUCCAGUGUAUUAAAAAGGGACAACGGCCAACCUGGGUGCCCAAGCCUGGGCUUGAGGCUCUAUGUGCUGAAGUCAAUGCUGAACAAAAGGAUACCCGUGCCAAUCUGGCACAGUCCAAAAAGGGUUCUCACUCUUCAAAGAUGCAAGACUUGCACGAAUGGGAACGACCAAGCCCUACAUCCACCCAUUCAGUGACCGCCACAGAAUCUUUGAGACGAUCCUUGUCUGCCUUACACACUGGGAACUUUCGAGACGAGCAGUGUCCCCCUGCAGACAUUAACGCUAUUUCAACGCCGACAAGGCCCUAUCCGCUUGCCAGUUAUGGAGCUCCGUCGCUAACAGCAUUUUCCGAUGUGCAGCAUCUUGCCACUUUGCCGUCACCUACCGAGCAUUCAAAUGCCUUGAGACGAUGCCGAGCGCCUUCUUUAGGGAACGGCUUGUCAUCAAGCUUCGUCAUGCGGGUUCCAACCAGUCCACUAGUCCACGCAGUGAACAGUCCUUCCUUAGACUUUCCCACACAAGAAUCCCAAUGCAACGACGGAUCCAAGACCUCCAGGAGGCGGACUAUGCCGCCGAGUGCUUUUCAGCCCUUGUGUGCCUUGCCCCUCGAUCAUCAUCCAUCCAGCAGUGCAAACCUACCGUCAACGUCAUAUCCUCAUCAUGAAAGGAACAUUCUGCCUCAUCGACCUCGUCGCUCACUCAGCUCGUUUACCUACCAGCCGGCAAGCAGCCCCCAGCUAUACUUUCCAGGCAGGCCAAGGCGUCCAUCGGUGACAUCGGAUCCCUCACCUCGCCAGCGGGCAUCCAUGGUUGGGUCUUUCGAGGAGUCUAUUCUCCGAGGUCGAAUGUCCACUCCCGCUUCUAAACCUCUCGAUUUUGUUGCACAAAUUGGCGUGGUUGGGAAGGGCAAUUGUCCACCGAGUUUGAAAUGCCCAGCGCAUGUCACCGUUCCCUUCCCUGCCGUUUUCUACAACUAUCCAUCUGCCCAUAACUUCAGGUCUAUAUCAGAUGAUAACCCAAGUCCUUAUGUUGGGACAAUUGAUCUGGAACGAAACUUGAAACCUCCUGAACCUCCAUCCCGACGGCUCCGGCGCUCUCAUGAGCCUGCUGAUAUCGAAGACUCAAGAUCUGAGGCUACAGUUGUGGAAAAGCCCUUCUCCAGAGAUGUGUCAGAAAGACGGAGCAAACGAAGUAGCUGUCCCAGAGUACCUACAGGGGGUGCCUAUCGAGUGCCACAAAAGGGUCAGUUGCAGAUCAUCAUCAAAAACCCAAAUAAAACCGCGGUGAAGCUUUUCCUGGUACCUUACGAUCUCGAGGGAAUGUCCCCAGGAACGAAGACAUUUGUUCGACAGCGAAGCUUCUCGUCAGGCCCAAUCUUGGAAAACGCACUAAUGGAAAACAAUGUGAACGCGUCAGCGUAUGACCCCCUGAGUAACAAAGAUAUUCUCCGGUAUCUAAUCCACCUGAAAUUUUGUUCGACGGGUAAGGCCCGAUUCUAUCUCUACGACAAUAUUCGCGUUGUUUUUGCCAACCGCGUGCCUGAUGGCAAGGAAAAGCUGAGAAAUGAGGUGCAACUGCCUGAACCGAGGUUCAGUCCAUACAAGCCAGCUGAGAUUGGAUCCCGAAGUCCGAGCAUUUCCGAGCACAAGUUCUCGAGUUCAUUGAAAGAAUCGACCUAUACAGAUCUCGGAAGCCUAGAUGACAUGCUCAACCCGCGUGUGAUUCCAUCUGACAACGCGGGAGAGGCUCCUUCAAUGGGUAUGUUUCACACUGCCCGUUCUGAGAAAUCAUCUCUUGUAGGCCUCAACAUAGUCAACGGGAACGAAGAGAUGUGUGCCGCAGCCGAUCAAAGCGUGCCUGCGGUCUCUGGGUUCUUGCCAUCAACGUCUUCGCGAAAUUCACCUGUUCCCUGGCUGGACCCUAGUGGCAACCCUGUUGCGCGUGGACUGUCCCCCGCGCCGUUGGAAGUGGGCGAUGGUUUGAUCUCGCGCAAGCUUCGAGAGUUAAACGGCACUGCCGGCAGGCCUUCGUGA